GACAGUUCACCCUUUAAAUGGGCUAGUUACACUGACUGGGGUCAGUCUCAUGCACUGUUCAAUUAGCUUCCCCUGGUCAUCUGGGAACGCUCAACGAUAAACUAUGAGAGUCGUCAACAGUGGACCAGUCUCUCCUCUGGCACAUCAGCCAAAUCCUGAGGCAACAAAUGCCAAGGAAAAAAUGGAAUACAGGAACUUUGAGAGCGGAGACCUUCAUGACCGAGUCUACAACACCUACAAGCUGAUGCACACCAACCAAACAGUGGACUUCGUCAAAAGGAAGCAUGCCGAGUGGGCCGGCUGUACUCACACCACGCUGACGGUGAUGGAGGCCCUGGACGCGCUGGAUCAGCUGGUGGACGAGUCGGACCCGGACGUGGACUUCCCCAACUCCUUCCACGCCUACCAGACGGCCGAGGGGAUCCGCGGGGAGCACCCGGAUGAAGACUGGUUCCACCUGGUGGGGCUCGUCCAUGACAUUGGGAAGAUGAUGGCUCUGUGGGGAGAGCCCCAGUGGUCGGUGGUGGGGGACACCUUCCCCGUGGGCUGCCGGUUCCAGAACUCCAUCGUUUACAGAGACUCCACUUUCGCAGACAACCCGGACGAUAGAAACGCCGCCUACAACACUAAAAACGGGAUGUACGAGCCCAAAUGCGGCCUGGACAAAAUCUUCAUGUCGUGGGGCCAUGAUGAAUAUUUGUACAGGGUACUGAAGUUCAACAAAUGCACAAUCCCAGAGGAGGGUUUGUACAUGAUUCGGUUCCAUUCCUUCUACCCCUGGCACUCCCAUGGAGACUACACGCACCUCUGCAACGAGAAGGACCUCCGCAUGUUGCCCUGGGUCACCGAGUUCAACAAAUUCGACCUGUACACCAAGAACCCGGAACUGCCAGACGUGGAGAAACUGAAGCCGUACUACCAGUCCCUCAUCGACAAGUACUGCCCAGGAAAGCUGCACUGGUGAGGGGCCAUCCUGAAAAACAGCUGCUGUGUGGAAGGACGACACGAUGACAUGACCAAGACCAGGAUUCAAACCUCUCCAGAGGUGUUUCUUUGCUUCAAUUCAGCUUCUCAGCCACGUCCUGGUGAACAGGCCACGCAAUGAAAUGGCUGAUGUGUACAUACCAUUAAUCUGCAGCUACAGUACAGUACCUGAGGACAUUCUGGAAUACUGCGAGACCCAAUCAGCAGUGAAAGAUGCUGUACCUUCCAUCAUAUACCCACCAAUCAAAUCAGGGAUAAGGAGCAGCCUUCGAAUAACAAUAGAAUGCUUAAGUACACUUGAAGUUUAAUACAACUAUAUACACAAUUAUGCUGCCAUAUAAUAUUUUGCCAGA